AUUUUCUAGCCAGAAACCAAGUUGCUGUUCCCAUUAGAUGAGAGAGUUUGACUCACUGUACAGGUCGGGCUGGGGAGUUGGCGGGUAAAGGAAGAGUAAGGGAAAUCUCUGCAGUUUUGAGUUGACCCAAGUUUGGGAAAAGAGCACAGAAGACGCACCUCGGGAGCUGCAAUAGGUUGUAUAAAUGCUAGCCACACUUCGACCCUGAAUCUGGAAGGUAAAUAACGUAAAAGAGGCAGGCUUGGACGUUUCGCGUUAGGGAAUUACGGCAAACUCUGGGUCCGGGGUGGAGCCAGAGGGCAGCAACCCCUCCUCCCACUUCCACCCUCUCCGCUUCAGGAAGUGAAGACAGUUUAUCCCCCGCCCCUGUCCCCUCCCCGAGGGAGUUGGGAGAGAAGCGGGUGGCUCGCAGCUCAGGGUAGGGGGGCGGUCUGUCCAAAGGCCGGAGUCCCCCAGAGAAGGGGGCCGAGCCUUUCAGGGGUAGAGUUCUGAUAAAAGUCGGAGGAAGUGGGCGCCCUCUGUCCAUCAGAAUUAAUUUAAAACUCUAAAGAGCCUUGACUCCUGGCUUCCGCUCACCUCUGGAGCUUUCCUGGCUUCUCACUUCCUCGAUGUGCCUGUCCAAGAGAAACGUCUGCACUUCUGUGACUGCGCCAGGCAUUGAAACUUCUGGCCAAGCUCUACUGGGGUAUGAUUCGUGUCGCGAAGCACCUCUGAAGUCAGGGUAGGACAGGCAGGAGGCAGGAAAGUAACUACAAUGACUUCAGCAGUACUAGUGGACAUACGAGAUGAAGUGACCUGCCCCAUCUGCCUGGAGCUCUUGACGGAACCCAUGAGCCUAGACUGUGGGCACAGCUUCUGCCAAGCCUGCAUCACAGGGAACAGCAAGCAAUCAGAGAUCAGCCAAGAAGGGGGAAGCAGCUGUCCUGUGUGCCGGACCAGCUACCAGCCUGGGAACCUCCGGCCUAAUCGGCACCUGGCCAACAUAGUGGAGAGACUCAGGGAGGCAGUGUUGGGCCCUGAGAAGCAGCUGAAGGUAAUUCUGUGUACAGACCACGGAGAGAAACUGCAGCUUUUCUGUAAGGAGGAUGGGAAGAUCAUUUGCUGGCUUUGUGAGCGGUCUCUGGAGCACCGUGAUCACCAGACGUUCCUCGUGGAGGAGGUUGCCCAGGAGUACCAGGAGAUGUUCCAGGAGUCUUUGAAGAAGCUGAAGAAAGAGCAGCAGGAAGUUGAGAAGCUAACAGCUGUUGUCAGAAAGAAGAAGUCAUGCUGGAAGAGUCAGAUGGAACCAGAGAGACAGAGGAUCCAGGCACGGUUUAAUCAGAUGAGAAGCAUUCUGGACAAAGAGGAGCAGCGGGAACUCAAAAAGCUGGAGAGGGAAGAGAAGAAGGGAUUGAGUAUUAUAGAAAAGGCUGAGGAUGAGCUGGUUCAGCAGAGUCAGUCACUGAGAAAGCUCAUCUCAGACCUGGAACAUCGGUGUCAGGGGUCAGCGAUGGAGCUGCUGCAGGAUGUGAAUGAUGUCAUGGAAAGGAAUGAGUUAUGGACCUUGAAGAAGCCAAAAGCUCUUCCUACCAAGCUGAGAAGUGAAUUUCGAGCCCCAGAUCUGAAAAAGAUGCUGCGAGUCUUUAGAGAGCUGACAGAUCUCCAAAGCUGCUGGGUGGAUGUGACUCUGAAUCCACAGACGGCUAAUUUAAAUCUUCUCCUGUCUAAAAACCGAAGGCAGGUGAGAUUUGUGGGUGCUAAGCUGCCUGAGCCUUCCUGUCUGAGAGAGCAUUACGACUGUGGUAUCCUGGGCACCCAGCAGUUCUCCACAGGAAAACAUUACUGGGAGGUAGAUGUGACCAACAAGACUGACUGGAUUCUGGGGGUGUGCAGUAAUUCAGUGGUACCUGCAUUCUCUUUCUACCAGUAUGCCAACAAUCAGAAUGUUUGCUCUAGCUAUCGACCUCAAAGUGGGUACUGGGUGAUUGGGUUAAAGCAUAAGCAUGAAUAUAGAGCCUAUGAGGACUCGUCUACUUCCUUGCUCCUCCUCAUGACUGUGCCACCCCGCCGGGUUGGAAUUUUCUUAGACUAUGAGGCCGGUAUUGUCUCCUUUUAUAAUGUCACAAACCACGGCUUCCCCAUCUAUACAUUCUCUAAAUAUUACUUUCCGACUCCCCUUUGUCCAUAUUUUAAUCCUUGUAACUGUGUGGUCCCAAUGACCCUGCGUUACCCACGCUCUUGAACAUUUUGCUCUCCCCACCCAUCUCAGUUUCUUAAUGCUGCUGUAGCAGAAAUACCACAAGUGAGUGGCUUUACCAAACAAAUUUAUUUUCUCAUCCUUCAGGAGACUAGAAAUCCAAAUUCAGGGCACUGGCUCUAGGGGAGGGCACUCUCCGUUGGCCCUGUCGGAAAAUCCUUGUCUUGGUUUCUCUGAUAUUCUCUGCAUUCCUUGGAGCUGUCCCCGUGGCAUCUAUUUCUCCCUUGUUCCUGUUUGCUUGCUUCAGUGCCUAAUCUACUUUUAUAUCUCAAAAGUGAUUGGUUUAGGACACACCCUACACUAAUAUGGCCUCAUUAACAUAACAAAGAAAACCCUAUUCCCAAAUGGGAUUACAUCCACAGGAUAACCCAUUGUCCUAGAGUCCCUUCCAACUCAUAGCAACUCUGUAGGACAGAUUAAGACUGCCCCAUAGGGUUCCUAAGGAGCAGCUGGUGAAUUUGAACUGCUGACCUUUUGGUUAGCAGCUGAACUGUUAACCAGGGGUUAAGAUUUAUAACACAUGUUUUUUGAGGACAUAGUUCAAUCCUUGAUACUACCACUUCUGAGAAGUACCCUCUGCCCUGAGGCUCAUCUGCACCUGAGUCUCUUCCCUCUGACCUGUUUUUCUGCAUUGUCACGCCUUUCUUUUUGAACAACAUUUACUCAAUACUAGAAUAUACCUAGCGGUGAAAGUGAGCAUCCUUUGACUAGUUACAGAUCUUGAAAUGAAGGAGGGGGACCUUUGAACAUUUUGCUUUUAAGCACUGCAUUUGAUAUAUGUUUAAUUGUUGAUGCGUGGAAUCAAAUUAGGAGGUUCCCUUCUAAAUUUGCUGUGAGGUUUUUUUUUUUUUGUGCUGAAUGGAAAAUUGAAUUUCAACCUAUAUUUUCUCUGUAAUUACUGAGAUAAUUAUGUGACAUUUUUAUUCUGUUAAUGUGACUCAGUACCUUGCUCUGUUUUAAAGGCUAAAUUUACUACAAAUUCCUGAAAUAAACCAUUAUUAUUCUUCAUUCAUAAUACUGGAGUUGUUUUUGCUAAUACAUUGUUUAGGUGGUUUUUCAUCUGUGUUUAUGAAAGACAUUGGCCUGUAGUUUUGCAUUCUUGUAAUGUCUUAGGUUAUGUAAAAUGCAGUAAUGAGCAAAGAAAUUGCUCUGUUUGUAAGUAUAAAAAAAAAAUAGGAUUAAAUACUGAAAACAAACCAUUAUCCUGUUAAUGUUGGUAACUAAAUUCAAAUUGAAGAAAUUCCAAUUUCAGUCUUCACUACAAUGUGCAUGGAUCUUAAAAAUUUAAGGGUAGCUAUUGAAAAAUAGAAAAAGAAAAUAUAUCUUUCAAAUAAAUUGAAGUAAAAACAGGAAAGAAAAAAAUGAUCAGUCCAGUACAAAGCCAGGAUGGCAGGAAAAGGCAAAGAGAAAAUAAAAUACAUAUUAAACACUUUUAGCAAAAGAAUAACUUCUUCCAGCUUCACCCCAGACCCUUUCCUUCUUAUGUCCAAACAUAAACAGCUAGUGAAGGACCUGCUGUGACUUUGGUAGUGAGGUGCUGUGUACUUUUUUGUACUUACCGUAAGAGAAAUUAUGAGAUGGAUGGGAGGCUGAAAAUGAACACCAGGGAGGAGACCAGGGCUGGCUGUCCGUGGUAGCUGUAAGCCACUCGUGGCUGCUGAGUAUUUAGAUGUGCUGGACGUGUAAAAUAUGUGCCAGGUUUUAGACUUAAUCCCUCCCCCCAAGAUAAAAUAGCUCAUUAAUAAUUUUUGUAUUAGUUAUAUUUUGAAAUAAUAUUUUAUAAAUAUUGGACUAAAUGAAUUAUUAAAUUAAUUUUACCUGUUUCAUUUUGCUUUUUUAAUGUGAAUCCUAGAAAAUUUAAAAUUACAUGUGUGACUCUCAUCAUACUUCUGUUGGGCAGCACUGGACCAGAGCCUGUAAUGCAGAUUUCUGUCCCUAAGGGGGCCCUAGUAUAAGAGUCUAGAGGGGGCUUCAAGGGAAGAUACACCCUCUGUACUUGGACCGAACUCCAUCCCUCCUGGAGAGGCAUUUUUAUAGAAGGUAAUAUCAGAGAGAAGUGACUCUUAACAUAUCUGGAAGUUUAGAAUUUUGGAAGAUCAUAGGAAGGGAUCAUGACCAGAGAAGAAUAUGACUCCCUCCAGUCUGGUCCCUGUCUUUGUUCCUCGGUCAGUUGGUCCCUAGAGUCCUCUUGAGGGGUUGAGAAAAUCGUGAUUCAUCCUCAGGUCUCAGCUCUGGUGUCUGUGGCGGGAUGAAGUGCAGGUUGCAGUAAAAGCACAGAUGUGGUUUGCUCUUGGGCUAGGGCUUCAUCUGGGAGAUCAAAUGUGUGGGAAUCCAGAGGCCAAAUGCACAGUGCUCAUCCUGAUCUGUACUUGGAUUGGAAGAAUUAAGAAAGGAGUGGGCAGGUAGCCUGGGGCUUAUGAGGCUGGUAGAAGUUGGGGGAGAAAAAAGAAGAUUGUAAAAAUCAUCAGGUGUGACCUGGAAGUUGCAGACCAAGGCACCCCAUUUACUCCAAGGCUUAUUUCUUGGGAACCAAGGGCAAGGGGCAUCAUACUUUGGGUAAAACCAAAUUCUUUACCCUACAGAGGUCACAUGGAAGCCUGGAUCUGAAAAAAAUGAUUCGAAUCGGUAGACUGAAUGGGAGGCUUGCACACAGCUGCGGGAGUGUUAGGAAAGAAGCUGCUGGGUGCCUAGCUGUUCUAGAAAGCCCAGGUUUCUCAACCUCAGGAUGAUUGACAUUUUUGACUGGGUGAUUCUUUGUUGUACAGAUGUCCUGUGCCUUGUAGGAUGUUUAGCAGCAUCCCUGCCUUCUACCCAGUAAAUACCAGCAUUUCUCUAGUGACAACCAAAAAUGCCCUUAAAAAAAAACUCUAGUGACAAUCACAAAUGCCCUUAGGCAUUAGCAAAUGUCCCUACCCUGGCAAAUC